AUGGGAGGAAAGCCAACAGGAAGAUUUUCCAAUGGAAAAGUCCCCUCUGACUUCAUUGCUGAAGAAUUGGGAAUUAAAUCUCUUUUGCCUGCAUACCUCGAUCCAUCUCUGCAAACUCAAGAUCUCGUAACAGGAGUAAAUUUUGCCUCUGGAGGCGCAGGAUAUGACCCUCUAACAUCUGAUAUUGCAUCGGUCUUUUCGUUAUCGGAUCAGUUAGCAAUGUUCAAAGAGUAUAUAAUGAAGCUUAAGGGGGUUGUUGGAGAAGAACGAACGUCCAAAAUCCUAAGAGAAAGUCUAGUUAUAGUGGUUAUGGGCAGCAAUGAUAUUACCAAUACAUAUUUUAGCACUCCUCUGCGAAAAUUCGUUUACGAUAUUCCUUCAUAUGCUGAUCUACUAGUCAGUUAUGCUUCCAGCUUUGUACAGGACUUGCACGAAUUGGGGUCACAUAGAAUUGGCGUUUUCGGUUUACCACCAAUUGGAUGUGUGCCAUCACAGAGAACUUUGAAAGGAGGACUGCUGAGAAAAUGUGUAGAUUCUUAUAAUCAAGUGUCACAGUUAUUCAACAAGAAACUAUCAGAUGAGUUGAACUUUAUUAACAGAAAAAUCCCAGAAGCACGGAUUAACUACCUCGAUAUGUACUAUCUUCCACUUGAUCUCAUCCUCAACCCAGAAAAAUAUGGAUUUGGAAUUUCGAAUAUCGGGUGCUGUGGCACAGGAACAAUAGAAGUAGCAUUUCUCUGUCAAAGUACAUGUUCAAAUGUAUCUGAGUAUGUUUUCUGGGACAGUUUUCAUCUCACAGAAAAAGCAUACAGGCUUCUUGUCCAUCAGAUGCUCAAGCAAUAUAUGAAGGAUUUCAUCUGA